UCCGCGUUUUUCUUCAUCUCGAGGAGGACGCGUGUGAUUUUUCAAGUCAAAAGUUGCUGAGAAAAAAGAUUAAAAAAGUGUUUUAAGUUCGCAAUUUCUUGCUCAAAGCGUGCAUUUACUUGCCUAGUACGGGAAACUAGAGGAAAUGGCAGAUCAAUAUUCCUCUUACGGCCAGCAGGAUUUCGGUGGCCAAAUGCAGUUUUCCGUUCCUCCGCCUGCGAUGCCGCAGACUAAUUUCAACCAGCCACCACCAAUAGGCGGUGGAGGUGGUGGUGGUUACGGUGGUAGUGCCGGUGCAUAUGGUGGACAAAGCGCGGCACCCGGUGGAUAUGGGGCGCAAAAUGAUUAUAAAUCAAAUAAUCGUGACGGCGGUUAUGGCGGUGGAAGCCGCGGUGGUUACGGCAGUGGCGGCCAGCAAGGCGGAGCCCGUGGAGGUGGUAAUAAUCAAUCCGGAGGCUACAGCAGUGGCGCCGGCAACAAGGGUGGUUAUAAUAGCAAAGGAGCCGGAGAGGGUGAAAUGGUGACUCAGGAGGACACAAUUUUCAUCCAGGGCAUGACAGUGGAGACGACUGAAGAAGAAAUUGCCGAGUUCUUCGGUGCAAUCGGUGUCAUUAAGAAAGAUAAACGCACUAUGAAGCCGAAAAUUUGGAUGUACAAGGACAAGGAAACGGGUCGAAUGAAGGGCGAAGCUACCGUCACCUACGAGGAUUCGAAUGCUGCCCAGUCCGCAAUUCAAUGGUUCGACAGUAAAGAUUUCAAUGGAGCCAUCGUGAAAGUGUCAUUGGCGACGCGCUAUAACAAUUGGCAGUCUAGAGGUGCUGGUGGACGUGGUGGUGGUGGUGGUGGUGGAGGUGGAUUCAACCGAGGCGGUGGCGGUUUCGGAGGCAACCGCGGUGGUGGUGGCGAUCGCGGAGGUGGUUACGGCGGUGGUGAUCGCGAUGGAGAUCGUGGAGGUUCCCGCGGGGGUUCAAGCAUGGGUGGAGGCGGUGGUCGCUUCGGAGGUGGUGGUGGUGGUGGCGGUGGAGGCGGUGGAGGCGGUGGUGGUCAGGAACGAGAUGGAGAUUGGGCAUGUGGAGAGUGUAGCAAUAAGAACUUUGCAUGGCGCAACGAGUGCAAUCGAUGCAAAGCACCCAAAGGCGAUAGUGCUGGUUCGGGCGGUGGUGGUGGGGGUGGCUUUGGCGGCCGGGGUAGCGGUCGAGGCGGGUUUGGCGGAGGUGGUCAACGCAAUAGCGGCGGCGGUGAUCGUGGUGGUUUUGGCGGUCGUGGUGGCUCCCGAGGCGGUGGCGGUGGUGCUAUGCGUGGAAACGACAGGAACCGCGGAGACCAGCGAUCGAGACCCUAUUAAGAUGUCUGCAAUGUAAACUAAGCCCAUUUAAACUGAAUUAAUUUUUUUUAAACUACCUUCUGUCUGUAUCAUCACUCACUUCCAAUCAACAGAACACAAGUAAGAUUGAUUUUGAUUCAAAACUUCGAGGUUUGAGAAUCUAUCACUAAAACACUUGACGACGGAAUGAACAUUCGGUUAACCACCGGCGUAACCAUAACGUCCGGACGCAUCUACUGAAGCUGUAGCGAUACGUGAACUUAGUGUAGGACUUUUAGCUCGUAAGGUGUAUGUAAUGUAAUCCUCUCAUUACAAUCAGCAUUAGAAAAUUAGUCGCGUAGGACUCAAUUAUUCAGAGACCUGUACGAAUCUGCUUGUCGUAACAGUAAUAUAGAUCGCAAAUGAAAAAUACACUGCAUAAAUAAAAAUUCUCUGCGACAAAUUA